AAAAAAACGUUUUGGGGCAAGUUGAGGAGGGAUGUGGACGGAGCUCUGCAGAGCGGGACAGACGCUGUGAGUUUUGGUGUUCCCAUCCUUCAGGAUUACGCCAGCUCCUCUAGCUUCUCUGUGCAGAAGUAGACUCUCCGUUGGAUGAGCACGAGCGGACUGCAAAAAGUUACAAUGCGCAUCUAUUUAUAGCUGCACAGCGAGAGGCUUGAGUGACUUUUCCUCUUCUCCACGGCUUUGCUUCUAAGCGUUUGUUCAGCUGUACCUGCAAGUCAAGGGGAAGGAGCCCCUCGGUCGGGUCCUUUGCAAAUCUCCUGCUCGGGAGACAAGCUCUGACUCCAGACCACAGAGGUCAGACGGGCCUGGGGAAACUUUAAUUGUGUUGUUCUGAGCGCUGGAGUUGCACACAUGUGGGUGGACAUGCGGGACAGCGCGCGCGGAGAACGACUGCCGCAGCUGGUCGUUGCUCUGCUGGCUUUGCUGUCGCUCUUUGCUGGGCUUGGAGACCCUGCUGAGGUGGUGGACGUCGACGACAAGGAGGCGGUGACCAAGAUUGCAGACACCAGAGCCAACAGGGCAAAGAGGAGGGGAGGAACAGACGUCCUGAGAGGGCCGAAUGUUUGUGGCUCAAGGAACAAUGCCUACUGCUGCCCGGGCUGGAAGACUCUUACCGGAGGGAACCAGUGCAUUGUUCCAAUUUGUCGAAGUUUGUGUGGAGAUGGUUUCUGCUCAAGACCUAAUUUAUGCACCUGCCCUAAUGGCCAGAUUGCCCCGUCCUGUGGAUCCAAAUCAGUCCAAAACUGUAACAUUCGGUGUAUGAAUGGAGGAACGUGCGCAGAGGACAACUGCCUGUGCCAAAAGGGCUAUGUAGGAAACCACUGUGGGCAACCGGUCUGUGAAAAUGGUUGUCUCAAUGGAGGAAGGUGUGUUGCUCCCAACAGAUGUGUGUGUACGUACGGCUUCACCGGAGCCCAGUGUGAGAGAGAUUACCGCACUGGGCCAUGCUUUGCCUCUGUGAAUAACCAGAUGUGCCAAGGCCAGCUCACAGGCAUCGUGUGCACGAAAACAUUAUGUUGUGCCACCGUGGGGCGAGCAUGGGGUCACCCUUGCGAGAUGUGCCCAGCCCAGCCUCACCCCUGCAGAAGAGGGUUCAUACCCAACCACCGCACCGGGGCAUGCCAAGAUGUGGAUGAGUGCCACGCCAUUCCUGGCAUCUGUCAAGGAGGGAACUGCAUCAACACAGUGGGAUCCUUUGAAUGUAAAUGCCCUGCUGGCCACAAGUUCCACGAGAUCUCUCAGAAAUGUGAAGAUCUGGACGAGUGCUCAAACAUCCCCGGUCUUUGUGGAGUGGGCGAAUGCUCCAAUACUGUCGGCAGCUAUUUCUGCAAGUGUCCUCAGGGGUAUUACACCUCUGUUGAUGGAUCUAGGUGCAUUGACGGCCGUGGCGGAUACUGCUACGCUAGCCUUCUGAAUGGGCGCUGCGCCAACCAGAAUUCGCAGCUGCUGACUAAAAUGCAGUGUUGCUGCGACAGUGGACGUUGCUGGUCUGACGGCUCCACCCCUGAGAUGUGCCCCAUUCGUGGAACAGAGGGAUACCAGAGGCUGUGCAUUCAGAUACCUGAUAGCAACGAUGCAGUUGUGUUCCCUGGUCCCGGUCCAAGGCCGGACAUGCCCAAUGUCUAUCCAGUUCCACGUCCAGACAGGCCAAGGAUUUAUGAACCCCCUCCAAUCCCAGAGAGGGAGCGGAUCCCUGACCAUAUUCCUGAGCAAAUUCCAGUACUGCCACAACCACAAGUUCCUUUUGUUAUCCAAACACAAAAUAUAAGCAACGCAUGCCAGGCCUUCCGAAACCUCUGCCUGAAUGGCAGGUGUGUCCCGUUGCCGGGAGGGUCAUAUCGCUGCGAGUGCAACAUGGGCUUCAAGCUGGACAGAAGGGGCGAAUGCAUUGAUGAUGAUGAGUGCGAGAGAAACCCGUGUGCGCAUGGAGAAUGUGUGAACACCCCGGGGUCUUACAUCUGUCAGUGUCCCGCUGGCUUCCAGUCAACUGCGACCAGGACGGAGUGCCGGGAUCUGGACGAGUGCGUGGCAAACGGUCGGAUCUGCAACAACGGCCGCUGUGUGAACACUGAGGGGAGCUUCCACUGCGUCUGCAACGCCGGGUUUGAAAUUUCAGCAGAUGGAAAAAAUUGUCAAGACCAAGAUGAAUGCCUGAUCAGAAACAUGUGCCUCAAUGGACUGUGCAUUAAUGAAGAUGGCAGCUUUAAAUGUAUUUGUAAAUCAGGAUUCCUGCUGGACACCAGUGGACGCAUGUGUGUAGACAUUGAUGAGUGCGAGACUCCAGGCAUGUGCAUGAAUGGACACUGCGUCAACACGGAGGGAUCCUUCCGCUGCGAGUGUAUGGCCGGGAUGGCGGUGGGCCUGGAUGGACGAGUCUGUGUUGACACACACAUGCGGAGUACUUGUUAUGGCGGCUACAAUCGAGGGCAAUGUGUUAGGCCUCUGUUUGGAGCUGUGACCAAGUCGGAGUGCUGCUGUGCAAGCACGGAGUAUGCCUACGGAGAACCCUGCCAGCCCUGUCCCAGAGAGAGCUCGGCUGAGUUCCAGGCUCUCUGCCCCAGUGGCGGUGGCACAACCGGCGAUGGAAGAGAUAUUAAUGAAUGUGCUCUGGACCCUGACAUCUGCCAGAACGGAGUGUGUGAGAAUAUGCUGCGGACGUACAAAUGCACCUGCAAUGUAGGCUUUGAGGUGGACCUCUCAGGAAAAAACUGUGUUGACAUUAAUGAGUGUAUGAUGAACAGCCUGCUCUGUGACAACGGUUUGUGCAGGAACACGCCAGGAAGUUUCACCUGUCAGUGCUUCAAAGGAUUCCGGUUUGAUCCGGAAACGGAAGUCUGCGAGGAUAUAAAUGAGUGUGAGUCAAACCCUUGCAUCAACGGGGACUGCGUGAACAGCCAAGGCUCGUUUGUGUGCACGUGUUCAGCGGGCAGCUCUUUAGACAGCACUGGCUUAGAGUGCAUAGAGACAGUUAAGAGCACCUGCUGGCUGAAGAUAGUGAAUAAUCGCUGUGAAGUCAACAUCAACGGAGCCACGCUCAAGUCUCACUGCUGCGCCACACUGGGAGAAGCCUGGAAUAGUCCAUGUGCCAAAUGUGAAAAAGAUCCAAUCUGUGGUAAAGGUUUCGCCAGAGUCAAAGGAAAUGUCUGUGAGGAUGUGGAUGAAUGUCAGGUGUUUCCUGGCGUUUGCAUCAAUGGCAAGUGUGUAAACACACAAGGUUCCUUUUUCUGCCAGUGUCCCCCCGGGAUGACCGUUGAUGUCAGCGGAAGAACUUGCAUUGACCUGCGCACAGAGCAUUGCUAUCUGACCCAUGACGAUGAGCGCUGUGGAACACCCAUAUCGGGGAGGCACCGCGUGGACGCCUGCUGCUGCUCGGUCGGAGUUGCCUGGGGUCCAGAGUGCGAUGAAUGUCCAGAAAACGGUACUCCGGAGUUCGCCCAGCUCUGUCCUCGUGGCCCAGGCUUCUCACACAGGGGGGACUUCAUCAAUGGCAGACCUUUCCUCAAAGACAUAAAUGAAUGCAGGAUGAUCAACACCCUAUGCUCCAAUGGGAGGUGCCGGAACACCAUUGGCAGCUUCCGAUGUCGCUGUGAUAAUGGUUUCGCUUUGGAUGCAGACGAGAGGAACUGUACUGACAUCGACGAGUGCCGCAUCUCUCCGGACCUGUGUGGACAGGGCACGUGUGUCAACACGCCAGGGGAUUUCGAGUGUAACUGCUUCGAAGGUUUCGAGAGUGGUUUCAUGAUGAUGAAGAACUGCAUGGACAUUGAUGAAUGUGAGAGGAACCCUCAGCUGUGUCGUGGGGGCGAAUGUGUGAACACAGAGGGCAGCUUUCAGUGCGUUUGCCCCCCAGGACAUGAGAUCACCCCUGAUGGGUCAGCCUGUCUAGACAUCAAUGAAUGUGAAUUGAGUGACAGGCUGUGCAGGAAUGGCCAGUGUGUCAAUAUGGUUGGCAGCUACUACUGCAACUGCAACACGGGAUACAAAUCUACUGAGGACUUGGUGAAUUGUGUUGACAUUGAUGAGUGCAUGAUCGAGAACGGUGGCUGUGAGACUUUCUGCACCAACUCAGAGGGCAGCUACGAGUGCAGCUGCAACAACGGAUAUGCUUUGAUGCCUGAUCAAAGAAGCUGCAUUGAUAUUGAUGAAUGUGAGGAGAACCCAAACACCUGCGAUGGGGGCCAGUGCACCAACACCCCAGGGACUUACCAAUGCCUCUGCUUUGACGGCUUCAUGUCAUCUGAGGAUAUGAAGUCGUGCCUGGAUGUGGAUGAGUGUGAGCUGAACUCAAACAUCUGUCUGAGUGGGAACUGCGAGAACACCAAGGGUUCCUUCAUCUGUCACUGUGACCUGGGCUACUCAGUGCGUAAGGGAACCACAGGCUGCACAGACAUCAACGAAUGUGAGAUUGGAGCCCACAACUGUGACAGACAAGCUACCUGCACCAACACAGCCGGCAGCUUUAAGUGCAACUGCGCUCCAGGGUGGAUUGGAAAUGGACUCAAGUGUACAGACCUGGAUGAGUGUUCGAAUGGCACACACACGUGCAACAACAAUGCAGAAUGUCAGAACACCUUGGGCUCCUAUCGCUGCGUGUGCAAGGAGGGGUAUUUUGGAGAUGGAUUCUUCUGCUCAGACAGCGACGAGUGUGCAGAGAACGGCAACCUAUGCGAAAGUGGCCACUGUCUGAAUCUGCCCGGAGGCUUCAGGUGCGAGUGUGACAUGGGCUUCAUCGCCACGGAUGACGGCAAAGCCUGCAAAGACAUAGACGAAUGCACCUUUGCAGACAUCUGUGUCAAUGGCCGCUGCCAGAACAUCCCCGGACUGUUCAGAUGUGAAUGCAACAUUGGUUAUGAGCUAGACAGGAGUGGAGGCAACUGCACAGAUAUAAAUGAAUGUGCAGACCCAACCACCUGCAUUAAUGGAAUCUGUGUCAACAUCCCAGGAAAUUACCACUGUAACUGCCCACCCGAUUUUGAACUCAACCCCACAGGGGUGGGCUGUGUAGAUACUCGCUCUGGGAGCUGCUACCUGAACGCUCGCGCUCGGGGAGAUGCAUCGGAGAGCUAUGAGUGCUCCCAAGAGAUUGGAGUUGGAGUUUCCAAGGCAUCCUGCUGUUGCUCUGAGGGCGCUGGCUGGGGAUCUCCAUGUGAAGCCUGUCCUCAUGUUAACUCAACUGGGUACAAGACGCUGUGUCCUGGAGGAGAAGGCUUCAGACCCAACCCUAUCACUGUCAUUCUGGAAGACAUCAAUGAGUGUCAGGAACUGCCAGGACUGUGCCAGGGCGGGCAGUGCAUCAACACCUUCGGCAGCUUCCAGUGUGAAUGCCCCCGAGGCUUCUCCCUCAAUUUUGACACCAGAGUGUGUGAAGAUAUUAAUGAAUGUGAAAAUCCAGGAAUUUGUGGUCCAGGCCAGUGCUACAACACCAUCGGAAAUUACACCUGCAUCUGCCCUGCCGACUACAUGCCCGUCAAUGGAGGGAACAACUGCAUGGACAUGAGGAAGAGCUACUGCUACAGAAACUUUUACUUGGACAAUGGGACAUGCGAUGGGGAGCUGACCUUUAACAUGACCAAAAAAAUGUGCUGCUGCUCCUACAACAUCGGUCGUGCAUGGAACAAACCGUGCGAACAGUGUCCUGUUCCCAGCACCGAUGAGUUUGCGAUCUUGUGCGGCAGUGAAAGACCAGGGUAUUAUAUCGACAUCACAACUGGACGGGUCAUUGACAUUGAUGAGUGCAGGGAGAUCCCAGGAGUGUGUGAGAAUGGAGUGUGCAUCAACAUGAUCGGCAGCUUCAGAUGCGAGUGCCCCAUUGGCUUCAUCUACAAUGACAAACUGCUCAUUUGUGAAGACAUUGAUGAGUGUCAGAAUGGCCCGGUGUGCCAACAACAUGCAAAUUGCUUUAAUAUGCCUGGAAGUUUCCGCUGUGAAUGUGAAGCUGGAUAUCGCUUAACCUCCACUGGGCAGUGUCUAGAUCGUAAUGAGUGCAAUGAGAACCCUGGUGUGUGCAACCCGGGGCAGUGCAUCGACACGCUGGGAAGCUAUCGCUGCCUCUGCCCCAAUGGCUACAAAACAACCAAGGACCUUUCAAUGUGUGUUGAUGUGGACGAGUGCGAAAGACAGCCCUGUGGAAAUGGAACGUGUAAGAACACCUUGGGAUCCUACAACUGUCUGUGUUACCCUGGUUUUCAGAACUCGCACAACGGCGACUGCAUAGAUGUUGACGAGUGUUCGACUCAGAGGGGCUUGUGCCGAAAUGGCCAGUGCUUGAACAUCGUGGGAAGUUUCCUGUGUGUGUGCAAUGACGGCUAUGAGCUGUCAUUAGAUGGCAGAGUGUGUACAGAUAUCAAUGAGUGUGCAGUGAAUCCAGGCACAUGCGGUGCAGGAACUUGUGUGAAUAUGGAUGGAUCUUACAGGUGUAUCUGUCCACCUGGCUAUUACCUGCAUGAAGAAACAUGUGAAGAUAUUGACGAGUGCUCUCAGUCGCCUGAAAUCUGCACAUUUGGAACCUGCUCCAACACUGAGGGCAGCUUCACAUGCCAGUGUCCUGAAGGCUUCCAGCUCUCUGCCUCCGGACGCAGAUGUUUAGAUAUUCGUGUGAACUAUUGUUUUACCAAGUUUGAGAACGGCCGCUGCACGGCUCCAAAGCCUCAGAACACGUCUAAGGAAGCGUGCUGCUGCACUAGAAUGCCUGGUCAAGGUUGGGGAGAUCCAUGUGAAAUCUGUCCUCCUAAAGACCAGGAGGCAUAUCGUGUUCUUUGUCCUACUGAGGGAUAUGAACGGAAAGAUGAUCAUCCAACAGACAUUAAUGAAUGCCUCAAUAACCCGUGUGUAAAUGGCCAGUGCAUCAACACAGAUGGCUCCUUCCGUUGUGAAUGUCCCAUGGGAUACAGUCUGGAUAACACCGGAGUCACGUGUGAAGACAUAAAUGAAUGUGAGGUUGGAAACCCCUGCGGCAAUGGCACGUGCACCAAUGUCAUCGGAGGAUUUGAGUGCUCAUGUGAUGAAGGCUUUGAGCCUGGACCAAUGAUGACCUGUGAGGACAUCAAUGAGUGCGCCCAUAAUCCCUUGCUGUGUGCCUUCCGCUGUGUGAACGUGGUGGGUUCGUACGAGUGCAAAUGUCCUACAGGAUAUAUUCUUCGUGAGGACAGGAGGAUGUGCAAAGACCAGAAUGAGUGUGAGGAUGGCAUAGAUGACUGUGCCAGCCGGGGAAUGACCUGCAAGAACCUUAUCGGCACUUUCAUGUGCAUCUGUUCUCCUGGAUACACUCGUCACCCCAGUGGAGACAGCUGCAUUGACUUAAACGAGUGUGCAACCAAGCCAGGGAUCUGUAAGAAUGGCCGCUGUGAGAACACAGUGGGAAGCUACCGCUGCAGGUGUGCCCAAGGAUUUGUCGCCAACCCCACACAGACCGAAUGUAUUGAUAACCGUGAGGACUUCUGUUACACUGAAGUUCUGACCACUCUGUGUCAGAUGUCCUCCAGUAACAGGAACUUGGUGACCAAAUCCGAGUGUUGCUGUGACGGAGGUCGAGGCUGGGGCAUCAACUGUGAACUUUGCCCCCUGCCAGGAACCUCCCAGUACAAGAAAAUGUGCCCACUGGGACCAGGGUACACCACAGAUGGCAGAGACAUUGACGAGUGCCGUGUGAUGGGAAACCUGUGCAAAAAUGGUCAGUGUGUCAACAGCAUAGGAUCGUACAAAUGCAUCUGCAAACCUGGCUACACGACUGACAUCACAGCCACUCAGUGUGUGGGUAAGGCUGAAGUUCACUCCUGUUAUUUACAGUUUGUUACCGUACUUGUUUCGACCUUCUUCUGCCAAGUAAAAAAAAAAGCUGAAACUGUUGGUGGGCUGUUUCAUUUGAAAAAAGAAAAAAAGCAGCCUCAUCCUCUCUCCCUUUUGGAAUUUCUGUUUUAUCUGUUUGUCAUUCAUCCACUAGAUGUUGAUGAGUGCAUACAGGCGCCUAAGCCUUGUAACUUCAUCUGCAAGAACACAGAAGGAAGCUACCUCUGUUCCUGUCCCCGAGGGUACAUCCUACAGGAAAAUGGAAAGAGCUGCAGAGAUCUGGAUGAGUGCUCCACCAAGCAGCAUAAUUGCCAGUUCUUAUGCAUCAACACCAUUGGUGGCUUCACCUGCAAAUGUCCUCCUGGCUUCACCCAACAUCACAGUGCCUGCAUCGACAACAAUGAAUGCUCAACAGACCCCAAUCUGUGCGGCUCCAACGGCGUUUGCCAGAACACCCCGGGGAGCUUCAACUGCGAUUGCCAGCGGGGAUUUUCAUUGGACUCGAGUGGACAAACAUGUGAAGACAUGGAUGAGUGUGAUGGAAACCACAGGUGUCAGCAUGGCUGUCAAAACUUAGUGGGAGGAUACAGGUGCAGCUGUCCUCAAGGUUAUCUACAGCACUAUCAGUGGAACCAGUGCGUUGAUGAGAACGAGUGUCUAAACACCCAGAUCUGUGGAGGAGCAUCGUGCCACAACACCCUGGGAAGUUUCCGCUGCCUCUGCCCCUCAGGCUUCGACUUCGAGCAGGCGAGCGGAGGCUGCGCAGACAUCAAUGAGUGCUCCACCACGCAGAACCCCUGCAAGUUUGGCUGCUCAAAUACAGACGGGGGCUACCUGUGUGGGUGUCCUCCUGGAUACCUCCGUGCAGGACAAGGACACUGCGUCACGGGUGUGGGCUUCACAAGCGGGAGUCCUAUUGGUGAACAGGGAGGCGAGAUGGACGAAAAUUCACUCUCACCAGAAGCCUGUUAUGAAUGUAAGAUCAAUGGUUACCCCAAGAAAGGACGCAAACGGCGCAGUUCCAACUCAACACAGGAGGAACCUCACGAGCAGUUCACUGAAGAGGUCAGCCUGGCUAGUUUGGACAUCGAAGACACUCUCCAAUUCCACCUGAACAUUAGCGAUCUCAGCAACCGCGACCACAUCCUUGAGCUCACCCCGGCCUUGUCUACGCUCAGCGACCACGUGCGCUACAGUAUCGACUCUGGAAACGAGCAGGGCUUCUUCAGAAUCAACCAAAGAGAAGGUGUCAGCUACCUGCAUUUCAGUAAAAAGGUGGCCCCGCUUCCGGGGACGUAUCACCUUCAGAUCAGCAGCAUACCCCUCUACAGGAAGAUGGAGCUGGCUAAGCUGGAGGACCAACAUGACAAAGACUACCUCACAGGACAGCUGGGAGACAUACUGAAGAUGAGGGUGCAGCUUGUUCUCCAUUAACCACCACAAGACUGAGGGAGGCAGAUGUUGCCAGCAGCUGCUAACCCAGCAGUGGGCUCACUCUACCCAGAAGGCCAAGCAAUUUUUGAUCCUGGGUCAGUAGUUUGGGGGCAACUUCUCCUCACUCCAACAUGGAGCAGGGCUUAUCACCAAAGAGACUAUAGGGUGACAGUGGGGGGGGGGGGUGCAUUAUUUGAUUACCAAAGAUGAUUCUACAUAUCAUAGAAAAGGUUUCCAUGGGAAUUCCAGGAUGACUGAAUAUUUAGCUUCAGUUUGAUCCAACACAAAACUCCAGCUGUGUUUUAAAAACACGGAGGUCGUGAAUGUGUUUAAUUUGGAGUUUACUGUUGAGUAAUGAUAUGUGGAAUCACAUUGACACUUUGAAGAGCAGGUGGGCUGCAGAAAGCUCGAAGCUAAAGUUUGUUUAGAACUUUAAUGAAUGUGGAGAACAGAAGAUAGUCACAAUAGUCUGAGAAGCGAAUCACAUACCCUCUGUGACUGAACGAACCAGGACACAUGGGAGUUAACACGCACGCCGCUUUCGCCAGAUGUUAAUUCAGCAGAGAUCAAGAGUGUUUAUGAGGAGCCCCAUAUGGACUAUUGAGAUGUAGCCAUGUUUGAGCUUGAAUGACCCCUGCUGCGUAUCUUCACUUCACUUUCCCAUCUUUCUACUGAUUUUUCUCUUUACUGGUGCUAGCAACACAACUUCUGAAUGCACUGUAUUGUUAUACAAAACUCAGUAGUCAACAAGAUGCCAUCCCAUCAGUCAUGCUUCCGAUUUCACGUCCAACAGCUAGCGUCAAAGCCUGUCUGCUCUCCUCUAUACUACAUGUAAAUUGUGUUUAUACUGUAAUAAUCCAUGCCACUUUUAAUCCAUGAAACAUUUGUAAACUAGAGGACGCCCCUGGAAUACAGGGGUUUGUAAUGGUGCUUAUAAUGACCAACUACUUCCUUUGUACACUGUGUAUUCAUACACACCUGCACAUGUGUCAUUUGAUGAUGCCAAACCUGGGCCUUCAUGAUUAUGCACUGAGGUCUUCAUGGCCGCACAUUCUCUCACAAGUUAAAUCAGUGCCGCAUUUCCACGGACCAGCGAGACACCCGUCUGUGUUCUCUGUUCACAUCAAGUGAGGGUUUAGUUGAAAAAUUCACAAUAAAAACAACUUUGGUGUACGUGAA